CAAAGAGCUGGCAAAGUCAUCAGUCUCUGCAAGAAUCCUCAGAGUUAAGAGGCUUCAUUUGCAGCAUGUACACAUAGUUUACUUAUCUAUUUCAUACAAGUUUUCUUCUAAUUCUUUCUAAGGGAUAAUGCGUUUUUUCUAGAAUGCAUAAUGGUAGAACUGCUUUGUCGUAGGAGGAUUGUAUGAAGUGAAUGAGCUGGAAAUUGUUAUCUGAUGAAAAAGCGGAUGAUCUCCUAGAUUUUUACUAAGAAGUGGCAGCAAUGGAAAACAUUCAUAUACAGGAUAGUAAUGAAGACAACCCCUUUCUUUGUUUCCAGAGAACCCCAUCCCUCCGUCGAAAGUGGAGAAAACGUUAUGGAGGGCUUGAUGGUAAUAAACUACUAGAACCAAACAAAGAGGAAGAGACUCAAGAAAAUGGCUUAAUGAAAGAGUCACAUCUGGAAAGGAAUUCAUCAGUGUCAAGGAGUACGGAAAAACAGGAUACCUAUUUACCAUCAAACAACUCCAGUUUAAAAAAGCAUUCUACUCCACCGCCGCAAAAACCUGUCAAUUUAGUAAUACCUGGUACUGCUGUGGUACCUGCAUACACCAGUAAUGGAAGCCAGAGAUCCUCAUUAUCGCCGGGGGAAUCAGUCCAGGGAGCACAUAUCUUUUGGCACAACAUUACUAAAUCAGAUUCUUUGCAGCUUCAUUCCAGGAAAAAAGUGGCUGCCGAUGUGCUUUUUGAAAGUUUUGCAUCUGAAGGGAGAGUUGGGACCUCUCAGUUUUUUGAGGCAAUUUGGAGCUCUGGCAUCCGCAAAACUGACCCCAGGAUCAAAGAUUGUUACUCUCUGAUGAGAAAACUGCAGCAACCAGAUGGCAGUGUUGACAGAAAUACUUUCCACAGGUGUGUCACAGGCUUUGUGUCAUUUAUAUUGAAAGCUCUGCAAGGGAGAUUUGUCAUUCCAGACUUUCCCACUUUUACUGAAGAAACUCAAAGGAUUUUUAUGAAGUGCAAGCAGCUUACAUCAUUCAAGCCAGAACUCAACUGUCAGGAAGAAAACAGUCAAAAAUGGGGAGUGUCGAUUUGCACUGUUGAUGGACAAAGGUUAUCUCUAGGGGACUCUGCUGAUCCCUGCCUCCUAGGGGAAUGCUCCUGGCCUUUGAUGUAUGGCAUAGCUGUGGACCAGUUCAGCGUGGAUCAUAUUCACAGAUAUGUGGGAAUGGAAGAAUAUUCAAAAUAUGACUCCUCCUUUGUACUGACUAAACAUGGAACUCCUCACACUCCUCUCAUUGAAACUGGUGCAAUUAUCAUUGCUUCAUUGUUACAGCUGGCCACAGGGCUUGGUGGGGAAGACGAGGAAAAAUAUGAAACAGUAUUAAAUUUAUUUAGGAGGUUGUGCAACAAAGAACACGCAAAUCUAAAUUGUUCCAGAUACCAAUACCUGCAAAAGGAGAACAUCCGACUUCAUGCCUUGUCAUAUUUCCUCCAAGAAAAGAAAUGUUUCCCAGACAUGGCUGACAUCAGUGCAACACUAGACCUGCUGCUACAGUGCUUAUCUACAGAAAUGACAUGCGAUUCCGGUGCAGUUUUGGCUGCAUCACUAGCCAAUGGUGGCCUUUGUCCUCUGUCUGGUGACCAAAUCUUGAGUCCUGCCUGUGUAAGGAACACACUGUCUGUCAUGCAAGUAGCUGGAAUGAAUGACUAUUCGAGGACAUUUCAUUUCAAGACAUCUUUGCCAGCUAUGUCAAGCAAAAAUGGUACAAUGCAGAUUGUAGUUCCUGGAGUGAUGGGGAUUAUGUGUUGGUCCACACAGCUUGACACCUUUGGAAAUUCUUUGAUGGGAGUUCACUUUUGCCAGGAACUUGUAACAACAUUCCAGCUUCACAGCUUUGACAUCAGGACCCCUUUUCGUCAAGUGGUCACUUACAGACAAUGGAAAGCGGAGUCUGAGGGCUAUCAGAUCAUGAAUAUUUUGCUAGCAGCUUAUCGAGGUGAUGUUUUGUCCCUACGUAGGUAUUUGCUUUCAGGAGCUGAUGUCAAUUGUGUCGAUUAUGAUGGAAGGUCUGCGCUACACGUUGCUGCCUCUGAAGGGCACUUAGAAGUUAUAAAAUUUCUUGUAGAGAAUGCCGGAGCAGACCACAUGGCCCAAGACAGAUGGGGGAACACGCCACUGCAAGAAGCCACAAAAUACAACAACGCUCAUGCAGUGCAACUGCUGAAGAGAUACAAAGAACAGCACAGAUCUUUAUAGUGGCACCAGCAGCCAAGUGAAAUCCUCUACUUGAAUGCAUCAUCAUCUUCAUCACAGUGAAUAAAGAGCCACAUGCAGUAUGUAUUGUUUAUACCAAGAAGGUUCACCGUUUGUUCAGUGCAUAUCAAGAUUUUAAAAUUUCUGAAAUUGAGUAGCUGCUUUCUGUUUGUGUGUGUUUACAUUUAUAGUUGAAAAUAUUUUCUGUCUUUUUGUAGCCUUUUCCUUUAUACCAAAUGCAGGUGUUGUCCCUUCUACAUUUACUGUAUACAAAUGAGGUUGGGCUGGGGUAAGAUACCUGAUGUUGACAUUUUAAAUAAGAACCUCAGGCAGAUGUGUUUAAAUAAAUGUAUGCCCUGCACUCAGUAACCAGUUUAGCGACCAUAUUUCUCCAGAUUCACAUCAAACAUUUUAAUGCAUAGGAAGAAUUCAAAAAAAAAAAAAAAAAAUCAAGAAUUUAAAUCUUUUUUUUUUUUUUUUUAAUCGUAUUGCUCAAUUCACAUCACUUUUCCUGUAAACUCUUUAAAUAACAACAUUCAGCAUCAAAAUAUACAGCAUUGUCUUACCAACACGCUUCAAAACACUGAUAAGCAAUUGUAAAAUUACAAAAGCAAAAAUGAACAUGCACUAGUUACCUGUAAAA